ACUGCGACCGCAUUGGAGAGAGAAGCAGGCACGAAGCGGCAACGCAUCGAGCGUCUGAUCCAGCGCGGAGACCUCCUCGCCAACGCGCAGCAACAACGACACAAUGGUACGCCCUGUAGGCUACGUAAGAGCUCCUGGAGCGAGAUCGCGACGCAUUUCCCCGCGCGCGACCGCAAGCGCUGCCGAGAGCGGUUCGUGAACCACCUGGCGCCGUCGCUCGCAGCGCCGCGGGACUGGAGCGCCGCGGAGGACGAAAAGCUGCUGCAAUUACAGGCUUCAAUGCGCUCUCAGUGGGCCAAGAUGGCUCGACAAUUGGCUGGUCGGAGCGCUGAGAGCGUCAAGAACCGCUGCCUGCUGCUGGCCAGGCGCGCGGAGGACCAAGCCGAUGGCAGGAACAGGGCGCCGGCGCAGCGCUGGACGGCGGCGGAGAAGAGCAAGCUGCGGUCGCUGGUCGAGACUCAUGGGGCCAAAAGCUGGCUGUUUAUUGCGUCACAACUGCCUGGACGAACGGAUCUGCAGUGUCUUCACCAGUGGCAUCGGACGCUGGACGAUAAAGUGGUGAAAGGUAAAGGCACGUGGACGGAGAGCGAGGACCGACUGCUGCUGGAGAAGGUGGAGGAGAUCGGACGCAAAUGGACGCAGGUUGCUGCGUUCUUGCCGGGCAGGGUGGGGAACCAGUGUCGAGAACGGUUCUUGAAUCACUUGGACCCUUCGAUCAACAAGGCUCCGUGGACUGCAGAGGAAGAGGCCGCUUUGACUGAGGCUGUCGAAAAGUAUUCGACGCAGUGGGGUUUGAUUGCUGAAAAACUGCCGGGAAGGAGUGGCAAUGCCGUCAAGAACCACUGGUACUCACGCGAACGGCGGCGUAUGCUA